AUGCUCACCUCCAUCGACGCCUACACCCCCGCGGAGGUGACCGAGUUUGUCGCCCGCGCGGGCCUCAUCAAGGGCAACAUGCGCCUCGACAAGGUCUUCUUCAGCUCCGUCUCUGCUGGAUGUCUCUUGGCGCUGGCCUGUGGGACGGUGCUCAGCACAAACAGCAGUCCGUGGUUCCAGGAGAACGCCCCCGGGUUGAUCCGCACGAUCAGUGCAUUGGUCUUUCCUUAUGGGUUGGCCUUGAUUAUCCUUACUGGGGCUGAUCUGUGCACUGGGUCGUUUAUGUUUACUACCGUCGCGGCCCUUCAACGACAGCUCCCCUGGUACCGCAUGCUCCUACAUUGGUUCGUCACCUUCUGGGGUAACCUCGCCGGCUCCCUCUUCGUCGUCGCCAUCAUCUUCGGCUACGGCGAAGUCUUCAGCGCCGACCCCUUCCGCUCCGCCGUAAUCAGCUUCGCGACCAAGAAACAGGUCACACCGGACUUCCACAACAUCUUCCUCCGCGGCAUCGGCUGCAACUGGCUGGUGUGUCUGGCAUGCUUCCUCGCACUGCAGGGCCGCGACAUGGCGUCCAAGAUUAUUGGCAUUUGGUUACCGAUCUAUGCGUUCGUCUCCCUCGGUUUCGACCACGUCGUUGCGAAUAUGACUUUUGUCCCCAUGGCGAUUUGGCUUGAGGCGCCGGGGAUUUCGGUCGGGUUGUAUGUCUGGAAGGGAAUCAUUCCGACGCUGCUUGGGAAUAUUGUGGGGGGUGGGUUGUUUGUUGGCACAUACUACUGGUACAUGUACCUGUUGAAGAACGACCCCGUUACACUGACUGGUCUGCGGAAGAAGACCGAGGACAGCACCGAGGGGACCAUCACGCCUCGCCAGGAUGACAUUGAAGCUUCGGCUGCGGGCGUGCUGCCGAAUAGCUCGUCUGCUAAGCUUGCUUGA